AUGGAUUAUGAUAAUGAAAAAUCAAGUUUUUUAACUGAAAAUCUUUCAAUAAAAAAAUAUCGAAAUUGUUUUGAAAAGACAAUAAUUACUGAGCUAAAACGAUUUAAAUUACAUUGUGGUAGAACAACAUUACUUCGAAUAUUAUUUUGUUUAUUUAUAUUAUUUAUGAUAUUAUUUCGUGGUUAUAUUCUAUGUCUACUAGGCUUUUUAAAUUGUUAUAUAACAUGGCCAUUCACUGCUCCGUUACAUGUUAAAAUCGAUCUAUUGAAUCUAUCAAAUGAACCGAAAGGACAUGAAUAUAUUCCACGUCGUAUGCAUCAUAUUUUACUCGGACCAUUAAGUUCUCAUCCACCCGAAAGUUGGCUAUCGGCAAGAAAUUCUUGUAUUGCACUUCAUUCAAAUUUUGAAGAACAUUAUUAUUGGACUGAUAAAAAUGGUAAAGAAUUUCUUGAAAAAAAUUAUCCAUGGUUUGUUAAAAGUUGGCUGUCAUAUAAAACUGAUAUUCAAAAAGCUGAUGCAUUAAGAUAUUUUGUUUUACAUCAUUAUGGUGGAAUAUUUCUUGAUAUGGAUUUAUAUUGUCUUCAUAAAUUAGAUGGACUAUUUAAUUAUUUAGAUAAUCGUGUAUCACUUGAUGAACAUAUAUUUUUAGCUGUUAAAGCAUUUCCAGUUGGUAUAUCCAAUGGUUUUAUGAUAACAACACGUCAACAUCCACUUCUUAAACGUGUUAUUGAUAAUCUUGAACUUUAUAAUCGAAAUUUUCUUUUACCACAUGCAACAAUAAUUAUAUCAACAGGUCCAAUGUGUAUAUCAAUACAAAUACAAUUAAAUCGUUCAUUAUGGAGUUCAAUAUUAAUUCUUGAUGGAAAAGAAAAUAUGAUCGGUGGAAAAACAAAUACACCAGUUUUUAAACAUUUAGGAAGUGGAUCUUGGCAUAAAGCUGAUGAUAUGUUUUUUAAAAAUAUACCGAUGGAUAUUCAACAUCAAACUCAAACUUUUUCUAUUUCAAUUAUCGUUUUUAUUACUUUUAUCUGUGUAUUUUUUAUUGGACGAAACAGAAAUUCUAUUAAGGUAAUAUUUAAAAUUCAAUUGCAAUUAAUACGAUAUCUUUCAUUGUUCAAAAAGAUUUCAUGA